UUUCCUGCUUCUCUGCUUUGUGCACCUUAAGGGACAGGGAACCUGACCGUUUCGGACCUGCACCCCAAAUGACUGCGACGACGACGUCUUGCGUGAGAAAAGCCUCGGAGAGGUCCUGGGCUUCGCUUCCGGACGCCGAUCUCUCGGUCUCUAAGCAGGCUGAAUGCCUGACACCCAAAAGCUUCCACUGUCACCAGGCCCAUUCAGCGGUCCCGUCUCCACUGUCUCAAAGUCAGGACGUAGACUACAGGGUAGUUGCGUUGGUGGUAUAGUGGUGAGCAUAGCUGCCUUCCAAGCAGUUGACCCGGGUUCGAUUCCCGGCCAACGCAAAGGUAGUUAUUUUUCUCCCCAAUCUUGUGCUUUGAUUCUGUAGAUCCUUGGAUCUGCUGGAUUCGGCAUCUGUUAUCUGCACCCACGUUAGUUCAUUGGAGACAUUCACUGAACUCUUGUAAUCGUACGGAGUUUUUUCAGCCACUCCAGUUUAAAAAAUUUCUUUAUUGGCGGCGCUGUGCUUGCUCUGGGGGCUGCGGGGUCGCAGCCCGAGCUUCGCAGCCAUGUCAACAGAUGCUCACUGGUUGACUGCAGAGAAGAAUCAAGUUAUACUUGACCUUACAGCAGCAGGAUGGUUGGAAUUAAGUGAUAGAAAUGCUGUCUACAAAGAGUUCAUCUUUAAAAAUUUUAAUCAGGCAUUUGGCUUUAUGUCCAGAGUUGCUCUACAAGCAGAGAAGAUGAAUCAUCACUCAGAAUGGUUUCAUGUGUACAACAAGGUCCAGAUAACUCUCACCUCACAUGACUGCGGUGGACUGACCAAAAGAGAUGUGAAACUGGCCAAUUUUAUUGAAAAAGCAGCUGCCUCUAUGUGAUUUCAUACAAAAAUGGAUGUAAAAUCUGAUAUACAUCCUAUCUGGGAUAUAUCAUGAAGGCAAUUUACAGAAACAAAU